AUGCGAGACUCCAACAUCCUCAACGCAGAGUCUAAGAACUAUGAAGGAAACCGCGUCGCAUGGCGAGAACGAUUAUCUCAUUUCACUUGGUCAUGGUUCGAAUGUACGAUGUCAACUGGCGCCAUUGCAACCCUCCUCUCGCAGCAGCCCUACGCAUUUCCUGGUCUGAACACGAUUGGAAAAGUGGUCUUUAUCCUUGACUUGGUUCUCUUUGUCCUCUUCUCCAUCCUUAUCAGUUUACGCUUCUAUCUGAAUAGGGGCGCCUUCAGAAAAUCCCUCUAUCAUCCACAUGAGUCGUUCUUCUUUGGGACUUUCUGGGUCAGCAUCGCGUUGAUCAUCUACUGCAUGCAGGCCUAUGCCGUGCCUUCAUGUGGUCAGUGGCUUGUCAAAACACUUGAGGUCCUGUUCUGGACUUUUGCUGGCUGCGCCAUGCUGGUCGCAAUUUUUCAGUAUCACAGGAUUUUCGAUAUUCAGAAACUUCCUGUUGAUGAAAUGAUGCCUGCUUGGAUUCUGCCUGUCUACCCAUUCCUCAUCCUUGGACCACUUGCUGGGACUUUGUUGUACAGCCAGCCACGGCCAUCUUCAGCAUUGCCAAUUCUUAUCGGGGGAAUCGCCUUUCAAGGCCUAGGUUUCUGCUUCGCGUUCAUCCAGUAUACUUUGUACAUAACUCGCUUGACAAGCGGCCUAUUACCAGACGAACCAAAACGACCAGGGAUGUAUGUCGCUGUAGGACCGGCCGCAUACACCGCAAACGCGAUGAUCAUCCUGGGCAGUCAAGCACAAGUUAUUCUCCCACCUGGCUUCCUUGGCAUCACCACUAUCCCUGUCGGUGACAUCUGGAAAGCUCUGGGCGUUGCAAUCGGCAUCUUCCUCUGGCUGCUCGCAUUUUGGUUCUUUGCUCUCUCCACUGUGGGUGUCCUUCACGGCUACAAACACAUGCACUUUACGCUCAAUCACUGGGCUAUCAUCUUUCCAAAUGCUGGCUUGGCGAUAUCGUUGAUAAGUAUUGGUAAUGUGUUGUACAGUCCUGCCAUCAAGGCAGUCGGGUCAGGCAUGACGAUUUUGCUUUGUAUUGCUUAUCUGUGGAUUGCUGUGCUUACAGUCAAGGCUGUGUGGCGCGGGUAUGUGUUGUGGCCGCACAAAGAUGAGGAUAUGGAAGAUAUUGAGGGCCAUGAGCAAUGA